UCCCCUACAGCCACUAUGAGCCUGUCCUCCCUCCCCUCCCUCCCCUCCCUGGACUCCAGCGGUGUGUUCCAUAGCGACGGGGCUGACAGCUGGGCGGACGGCCCCCCCCCCGAGCCUCUGGGCGGCGGCCUGGUGGUCAACGUGGGCGGCUGUCGCUACCAGGUGUCCCGGGACCUGCUGGCGCCCCACCCGGACACCCGGCUGGGCCGGCUGGCCCGCUCCGGCCCCGCCUCCACCCUGGACCUCUGUGACGACGCAGACCUGCCGCGGAACGAGUUCUUCUUCGACCGCAGCUCCCAGACCUUCCAGUACGUGAUGAACUUCUACCGCACGGGCCACCUCCACGUGAGGGAGGACCUGUGUGCGGUCUCCUUCCUGCAGGAGAUCCAGUACUGGGGCAUCGAGGAGGUGCUGAUCGGCCCGUGCUGCCGGGAGCGCUACCUCCGACGCAAGGGGCAGAAGGAGAGCCUGGGCCCUCAGCAGGUGGUCCGGGCCGCCGCCGCCGCAGAGGAAGACCCCGGCGACGACGAGGACUUCACCGGCGCGGCGUUCCCGGGUCUCCGCCGCCGCCUCUGGGACUUCCUGGAGAAGCCCGACUCGUCGCGCGCUGCGCGCACCUUCGGCUCACUGUCGGUCUUCUUCGUGGUGGCGUCCGUCGUCAACAUGGCGCUGAUCUCCCUGGAACCGGCCGAGGGCGCGGCGAUGGCACCCGGCGGCGGCGAGGACGCCGUGCGCCUCCUGCUGGACGUCCUGGAGUACGCCUGCGUGGUGUGGUUCACGGCCGAGCUGGCGCUGCGCUUCCUGUGCGUGCGGGACAAGUGGCGGUUCAGCCGCGGCGUGGCCAACGUCAUCGACCUGCUCGCCAUCCUGCCGUUCUACGUCACGCUGGCGGUGGAGCGGCUCCAGGGUGGGACCAGCGAGCUGGAGAACGUGGGCCGCGUGGUGCAGGUGCUGCGCCUCAUGAGGUCCCUCCGCAUGCUGAAGCUGGGCAGGCACUCCACAGGCCUGAGGUCCCUGGCCUCCACCAUCACCGAGUGCUACGAGGAGGUGGGGCUGCUCCUCCUCUUCCUCGGGGUGGGCAUCUCCCUCUUCGCCACCACCAUCUAUGCACUGGAGCACCACCUGCCCGGCACCACCUUCUCCAGCGUGCCCAUGGCUUGGUGGUGGGCCACCACCUCCAUGACCACCGUGGGCUACGGGGACAUCCGCCCAGACUCCGCCCCCGGAAAGGUGGUGGCGUUCAUGUGCAUCCUGGCGGGCAUCCUGAUCCUGGCGCUGCCCAUCGCCAUCAUCAACGACCGCUUCUCCGCCUGCUACUUCACCCUCCGCAUGAAGGAGGUGGCGCUGAGGCAUCGGCAGGCGCUGCGGAGGCUGGCCAGCGGCGAGGAGGGGGAGGGGGAGGUGGUCGGGGCGGGGGGAGGAGGGGGCGGGGUCAACCUGCGGGACGCCUACGCCCGCAGCCUCAGGGAGAUGAUGCGUCUGGAGGGGAGGGAGCAGGAGAGAGGCGGGGCCGGCAGGGGGGUGGAGCUACGGUGGUGGAGGGGGGAGGGGUUAGGUGGAGGGGGAGGGGCUCUGCUGGGAGAAGGGGUGGGGCUCUGAGGGAGGGGGAGGGGCUUUGGCAGGAGAAAGGGGGACGGGCUUCUGGGGAAGGUGAAGAUGCGGGAGAUAAGAGGAGGAGCUCUGAGGGGGCGGAGCUCUGGUGGUAGAAAAGGGGAGGGGCGUAAGGAGUGGGAGGAGCUUGUAGUAGUCGCCUAUUAACCAAGGAAAUAUGUUUAUUGGUCAUUUUAAAUCCGGAAAUCUGAAUUUUUUUCUGCAGACACGAAUAUUUGUGCUUUUCUGUGUUUUUUUUUAAUUAAACUCUUCAUCAAAUAACAUCAUGACAAAUGUAUGCACCAUAAAUAUCAUAUGAAGGUCAUAUAGAUCAUACGGGUAGGGGAUAAAGAGAUGCUCUGGAUUUGUAGAAUGUUAAUUAAAGGUGCAAUGAACUUUAUAUUCAA